AAGGAUUCUCUUGGGUAGAUAUUGCCAAUAUCUUUGGAAUAAGCAUUACAACACGACAUGAUCUAAAUAUUUUAAACAUUCCUUCAUAUAGUGAAAUUUCAAACAAUGAAUUGGAUCAAAUUAUUUUGAAUAUAAAAGAGUCACAACCAUAUUCAGGUCAAAAUAUACUAAUGGGUGCUUUGAAAAAAAUUCAUGAUAUUAUGGAUUUAGAAAAUAAUUUUUUUUUAGAAGAUGAUGGAUUAAGUGAGAAGGAUAUGGAAUUAGAAAACAGCAACAGUUACAAUGAUGAUAAUAAUUCUGAUUACGAUCCAUUAGAAUUA